CCCUCCCUCCUUCCCUCCCCCCUCCUCCUCUCGGAGGAUGCGGGGCAGUGUGCGUGGUCCUGCGCGCAGAGAGGGACGCGAUCAUCUCGAGAGGAGGCUGAGAUCUUGCUCCGGGAUCAGAUUUUUCUCCGUUUUGGACUCCCAUCUGAUCCCCCGUUUCUUCGGUCUCGUCGUGAUUCGGACUCGGACUCGAACAUCAGGGAUUGUUUGGAUAAUGGUUCGCUUUAAAUGCUCGUUUUUUCGGAGCUGCAGCUGAUCUUUGAUCCAGAGUCCACCCGGAUCUCAGCGUGAUGGAUCCCCGAGAGUCCGCCGUCCUAAAACUUUUCAUUGUUAGCUUUCUGGGUGAGUAUCGAUGAUCGAUUAUGUUUGUUCUGAUCGAUGUGGCCGACUAUAGCGUCACUGUGACGGUGGACGGCGUGUUUACAGUUAUUACUGAUAUUACAGCUCCAUCACAGCGGGUGUAGCAGCAUCUAUAUGAUCUAUGUUUCGUUGCCACUUAAGUCACGUCUGCCUGUUACCAUGAUUUUACAUUAAACACGUUUUAUCAUAUAGUCAUAUAUCAUAUAGUUUUAAAACAAUUUUUAUGUUAUAAUAAAGAGAAGCAGUCUAAACUCUAUGAUUAUGGUGUCAAACUUUAUUAUUACAAAAAGCAGCUACUGCAAACACUAGUGUACACGACACACUUUUAAUACAUAUAUUUAUCAGCUGAAAAAGGCUGCCAGUAUAGGGGUAUUUUACUGUGAAGAUGUGAGUAAUUGUAUUAAUGCAGAAGUGCAGUGGAUACACAUCAAGAAAGACAAGUCCAGCAGUACCACCCUAUAACAAUAAUAAUAAUAAUAAUAAUUAUAAUAAUUUAAAAAAAUCAUUUUAUUGUACAGCGUUUUUAAAAACACUCAAAGACGCUUAACAAGUUUGCUCCCCCAUAGCCGAAAAAUUAUGUAUUUAAGGCCCCUCUGUCGAGUUUAUGGUUAUGUGUGACAGACUGAAACUCAAAGUAUGGCUUAUUCAUAUUAAAAUAUUCACAAGAAGUUAUACAUUUGACUGUCAAAAUUCUGCUGGAUGAGGCCUUUUGUAAAGUCUCUUCUCAAGCAUUUAGAGGGCUAGACUGCUUUGUCCACAGGGUGGCGCCAAACUUGACACAAACCAAAAGUUCCUUACAGGAGCUUUAAAAAAAACAGUGGCUGAGACUGUUUGUUGUGAUUUGCUGAAAAUAAUCUAAACACCAAAUGACCAGUGGCAAUGACCAGCAACUUGUGCCAGGGAUUGGUGUCAGUCUUGGCAAAUUGGUCCCAGGCAGUAGAUCCAGCCAUACUUCACAGCUUUACAACCUCAUCUAAGGAGCUUAGCAAAAUAAGUACCUUUACUUCUGGCCUACUCUUCCACAUUUCCAUUUUCCAUCUUAAAUUCAAAACACUCUAAUCUUACCAAACAAAUUGUCUCAUUACAACAUGUCUCACCACACUUAAUGUGAGCUUCAUUGACAGAUUCAAAUUUAAAUAUUAUUCCAAGAUGUGUUAAUCUUGUUAGGUUCCUUGGAAUAAAUGUUACAUCUUGCUUUAGGGUAAUUGCUUUUCCUAUUUGCUACCAUUUCAACUCAAUUGAAUCAAUGAAGUCUUUAUUUUUGGCUCACAACAAUGAGCCUCUGAACAGAGAGCCGUGACCUAAAUGUGCAGGUUCCAUCUUCAAAGAGCAGCACUGACAAAAGAAGCAGUAAAAAUAUCCAUUAACUUCCCUCAAAUAGUUACAGGGCCACAGAACACAACAGAUACAGAUUUAAAGACCUACUGAAAGAACAUUUAUCAGUCAAACAGCUCCUUAUUUGGAUGAAGCUACUUGGUACAAUCAAUCAGUGUUUACUUGAUUGAUUUACUUGAAAUAUCUGAAGUCUGCUUAUGUAUUGCGUACUGUUUCUGUAAAUUAAUUCAGUUAUGUGGAAUGUAUGUUGAUAUUUGAAUAUCUGAUUAUUUCAGAACUAUAGCUACACUGUGGAAAUGAAUAAGGUCCAGUAAUAUGUGUAUGUUGUUUACAUUGUUCUAGUUUUGCCGUUUAGUUUUUGUCCUGUAGGCUGUUGUGAGUUGUUGUGGUUAUUGACGUUGUCUUUGUGUUUGUGGCGUGAUGUUUUUUGUGUCUGUGCACUGCCAUGGAGAGCUAAUUGUAAAUGUAGACUCCAGGAAGAAUAGCGAUGGCCUUAGCCAAGGCUGAUGGAGAUCUAAAUAAAUAAAUAAAAAUGAAAUUUGAUCACAAGUUCAUGCUGUUGGUUAUAGACAUGGGUCAGUGUGAGAUUCUGUCAGCAUAAUAACCUGAAGUAUAAAAAGCUUCAGGGUUAUUGUUUAAUUGUGUGUACAGAUCUGUGUGUACAGUUCAACCUUAACUGAACAGUAACAUCACAUUAAGCAUGAUGUUAAACACGAUGUUGGAGGGACGACUUACCAACUUGAAAACCAGGACCAUCUGGGGAGCACGUGAAUGCAGCAAUAGUUGAGUUGUAGAAGGAUAAAAAGGGAAAAAAGUGUUUUAUUACACUUGAGGUACUAAAGUAUAAUUAUCACCUUUUUAAAAAGCUUACAAUAACAAUUAAUCAUUAACAACAACACAGUCAACAGCGUGAUCACAUUCUCAUACUAAACCAAUCUGCAGAGAGAAUUCUGGCACCGUCCUCCUCUGCCUGUUGACACUUUGGCAAAAGUUGUACUCUCAGAAAGUAACUGUAAACAACAACACGGAGCACACGUUAAAAAUUUUCCUCUGUUUACUUGAAGAGAGCAACAGUCUACAUUGGUUGUUAUUGCUGACUAGUCACCAGCAGAGAAAAGGAGAAAAGAGGAGCGAAAUGGAUGAGAAAACUAUUGAGAGAUAUGAAAACAGCAGGUUGAAAUAAGCAUCAACCAAAGUGAAGAAAAAAGACAGGAAGUAGGCUAACGUUAAACCACAACACUGCAGGACAUUUGGCAGUAAUACCGACUGAUAAAUUAAAACUGUCAACAGAAUAGUAAGUGGGAACCCCUCUGCUUGGUGCCAGAGUCCUGCUGACCCUGUCAUGUGUGAUCCAUGUGACAACCUGCUCACAGUUUAUAAUUCUGUAGUUAUUACUCAGACCCUUGUAUCUGUAAUGUUACUGAUCUGCUAUACAACUACCACAUUAAAGCUCCUGUGAGGAACUAUUGGUUUGUGACAGCUCGGCGCCCUCUGUACACAGAGCAGCCUUUACUUUUAUUUGCCUCUACAUGCUUGUCCUUUGACAAAAGAUAUCUCAUCCUGAUGACUUUUAACAGUUGAAUAUAUCAUCCAUUGUGAAAGUUUUAUGUAGAUAUUGUAAAACCCAGAUAUUGUUUGUUUCUUCAGUUGCUCAACUGACACUUACCCCCUUGCCCUAAUGACAGUAUAUGAGUUGUAAAUCUUGUCGCCCUUUGUCUUAAUUGCUUCUUGAUAUGAUAAAAAGGCAUCAAUAUGAGUUUCAGCAUAUUUUAUACAUGUAAAAAAAAAAACCUCCUUACAGGAGCUUUAAUGUCACUAUAGUUGUGUAAUAGAAGUGAAGUAGAAUUGAUUAGGUAUUGUAUCUGAAUUAGUGCUGUAGUGAUACUGUGGCAUGUAGUAAAUCUGGUUUUAGGGAACCUUCGGUCCAUGAUUUAGGUUUAGUUUGUAUUCCUGUUUAGACAUCAGGUUUUUAUCUGAAGGCAAGUUUCUGAUCUGUGGUCAGCUCUGCAGCUCAAUCAAUAAUUUAAUCACUAAUUGAAUCUGCUGUUUGACAUCUUAAUGCACUGAAAGAGAAAUAUUCUUGUAGUCUCUGUCAGGCCUGGACCUGAAUUUGUACUGAGAGAUCUGAGAUCUUGCAGCAUUCAACAUCCCAGACUUACAGCAUUUUUAAAUGUCUGUUAAAGUAAUCAAUUAUUUGAAGAAGUAUUAUGUUAAAUAAUCAGUCAAUGUAAUGAUUUUAAAAUAAUCAGUUAUAUGCUAGAAAGAAAAGGUUUAGUCAUGUGUUUGUCAUACGGUCUCUGUGGUCUUAGUAAAUCAACAGAGAUCGGGCUGUCGGUCCACAUGUGCGUCACAAAAACAGAUCCCUUCAGAAACAUCUGCUCAUAAACAUCUUAUCAGAGCGAGAAACAGCCUCAGGCUUCUGCUGCUCAAACAUCUGUACUAUCAAAUGAAAAAUUGCUUUAGUUAAGCUUUACAGUGCAAUUCAGGGGAAAAUAAUAUUCAUGUUCAGUCAUUCACCAACCUGCAAAAUGCAAUGAAUAGAGUAUUGAUCAAGAAUUUCAGUUAACUAAGAGAUGAAAUGUUUACUAAAUCACUAAACAUGCAAAUUGAGUAUUUUAUCAAUGAAGUUUUACAAUGCUGGAAUAAGGAAUGCACUCAUUUUCAGGGUAAUUUACAUAAAUGUUGGUUUGCUGUUUUGAUAUUUGGUUGAUAUAGAAGUUCUGGUGUUAGAUAUGGUAGCUGUGAUGUUAAGAUGGUGGUUUUGCUGUUAGUUUUGAUUUUAACUGAUGGUUAUUUUGCUGUCUUUUGUCAUCUUUUGUGAUAAAAAUGCUGCUGCUAUUUCUGUGCCAAACAUGAAAAAUAUAUUCAAACUGAAGGAGCAGAAACAGAAUAUUAUUCUCAGUAGCCUGCAGGCUUGUGUAGAGGAUGUGUCUUUGUGUCAGGUGUUUAAACUGUCAGGUUUUGUUGUGGUAUUGUUCUGCAAUGCACCUGUUCCACCUGUCAGAGCAUGUUUCUGUAUGAGAGCCGAUAUAGAAAGCAGAUUUAAUGCUGCCAAAGACAUCAAGGAAAUUGAAAAAUGGUAUAACUGUAUUGUGGCAUAUGAUAGCGAUGAUGACAACCAUGAUAAUUAAGGUGAUGAUAGUGAUAAUAAUAGUAUUCAUGAUCAUGAUGGUAUAACAAUGUGUUGAUGACAAACUCUAAUCAUGAUUAUGAUCGUUACAGCCACCAUGAUAACAAUGGUAAUGAUGGUCAAAGUGUUGCUAAAUGGAAUCCUUAUUUUUAAGAUGAUGAUGAUGUUAGUUGAUCAAGAUAAUGAUGAUAUUAUGUAGACAAUAAUGAUGAUUAUCAUGCUGGUGAUUAUGGUCAAGAUCAUGGCCCUGCUGACAGUGAUGAUCUCGAUAAUGUUGAGGAUGAUUCUGCCUCUGGUGAUAAUGAUGAGGACGAUGAUCAUGAUGACGAUGAUUAUCAAGAUCAUUACAUGUGUGAUAAUGGUUAUGGUAAUCCAGAAGAUAUUAAGGAUGCUGCUGCUAAAAAUGAUGAUGAAAAUAAUGGUGAUGCAGAUGAUGCUGUAGAUGAGGAUAAUGUAAUCAUGAUAAGAACUAUGCUGGUCAUGGAAAUAAAGAUUUCCGUGACAAUGAUGAUCAUGCUGAAUUUGAAAAUGUUAAUGGUGAUAAUAUUGAUCUUACGACUCUCCUGAAGUUUUAUUCCAAUGAAAAUGACUGUGUCAUUAUUGUCAAUGGUAAUAAAAAUUAUGAUCAAAAUAAUAAAAGAGAUGGUAAUGAUGUUGAUCAUGAUGAUGGAGGUCAUGGUAGUACAAUGGUAAUGUUGAUGAAAAUGAUGACAGUAAUGCUAAUGAUGGUGAGGAAAUUCAUGACAGUGAUGUUGGUGAUGAUUAAAAUAAUUUAGAUGCGUCAACCAAAGGAUUAAAUAAUGAAUAAAAUAUUGCUUAAAGUAAUGAUUAUAGCGGUGGUAGAGAUAACAAUAUGUUGAUGAUAAUGAUGGUAAUAGUAAUGAUUAAAAGGAUAAUCUUGAUGAUAGGACCGUGUGAAAAUGAAUAACAAUGGGAGCUGAAAAUUAUGAUAUUUGCACAAGUGAUAUUGUUUAUGUGGAUGAAAAUAAUCAUGUGGUGAUGACAGAGGUGGUUAUAAUAAUGAGAAAUAUGAUCAGGAUGAAGAAGGAGAUCACAAUGUUGAUCAUGAUAGUGGUGGGGAUGGUGGGUAUUAUGACAAUGUAAAUAAUGAUGACAGUAAUGGUAACGAUCGUGUUAAAAACAGUAUAAGAAAUGUUAUUGACAAUCAAAAUAAUGGUCUUGAUGCUUAUGAUGGGGAUGAUAAUAAUAAAAUUACUGCUGACUGUGAUAAUGAUGGUAGUGGUAGUGAUGAUGAUUGUGUUAAUGAUAAUAAUGAUGGUGAUCAUGAAAAGGAUGAGGAUCAAAAAAGAAGAUAAUCAAGGGCACAGUUUUAAUGAUCACGUUUCUUGGGACACUGGUGUAUAAAGAAGAUAAUAAAUCUGAUGCAAAUGUUGAUAGUUGCGGUCUUGAUAAUGAUGAUCAUGAUGAUGGUCACAGGAUGAAAGAUUGCUGAUAAAAUACUGAUUUCAUAAUAAUGAUGUGUGGUGAUAGUGAAGACUUAAAUAACAGGUUGAUGAUGAUAAUGAUGUUAAUUUCAGAUGAUGAACUUAGUGAUGAUGAAGUGAUGCUGAUGAAGCUGAGAAUGAUAAGGCUAAUAAUAAUGACGGUAAUUACGAUGAUGAUGAUAACAAUGGUGAUGAUGAUGAUGUUGCUGCUGAUGAUGAUGACAGUGAAGAUACCAGUAAUCGCCCUUAUUUUAUAUUUUUAGCCGAGCCCUGUUUGUUUUUUUUUUAGUCCCAAUGGAUCUGUUUUUCUGGUUCUGUUUGGCUCAGCUGAGGGUUUCACCUGUGGUCUGUGGGUGGUUUUCUCCUCCCUGUGAUAUAUGGCCUCACUUCAAAUAGAGGUAUUUUCACAAAAUGUAAACAAAGCUGUUAUCGCAGAAUCACAGCGUGACACCUAUUCACCAAGUUCUCCUGGAAAACACAGCCCUGUAAUCACCAGCAGCGCUGCUAGAACUCACAGAGAGAUUCAAAGGUUAUAGAGAGAAUUUUCUUCUACUCUCAGUGUUUUUAUUUAUUUUAUUUCUGUCUUCAUUGUAAUCACCCAGGACUCAACCUCGCCCCUUCCUGCUUUUGUUUGUACCCAGAAUUCCCCUCAGUCUUUUGUCAUUGUCCUUCUUCCUAUUCACCCUGAGAUCCUCUCCCCCUCCCACAGCCUGGAUGUCAUGAUUCUUUCCCAAAAUCUCCUCUUAAGAAAUCUUUCUUUUAACCUUCAUGUGUGCACUUAGGGAUUGUGACAUUAAGAUAGUAAGAUUUUUGGACCCCAGUUAUACCAUUUAUGGAAAAAAGGGCAUCUUACACAUCAUGUGACACUUCUUCAUCACAACAACAGACAACAACCAUUUGGUUCAAUUUAAACAGGCGAUUUCAAAGUUAUGCCAAAAAAAUAAUUCAAACAAAAUUACAACAAGAGUGACAAAGAGGAUUAAUAAUUUAAAUGAUUUGAAUCAUGUAAAAGUGGUUGAAGUUCUUAAGAGAUGAAAAUAAAGAAUAGUUAUUGAUAAAAUCAGAUAACUGAACAAAUAUCUACAUGAAAAGCAAAGAACUGAGUAAGUACAUGCCAGUGAGAUAAAUAAGAGAUGUAACAGCAAAUAACAAAAAGAAAAGAAGAAGAGAUUAGAGAACAAUGGAGCAUCAGCACAGAUAUAAUAAAAGUCAAACUAGUGUAAUGAUAAUAAUAUUAAUAAUAAUUUUAUUAUGGAAUAGAACAUGGUAAAAAAAUAUUUAUGGUAUGAACAUUUACACAGUCCUCAAUAUUAACAAGGGUGAUAAUGUUGAUGUUGUUGACAAUGCCAAAGAUAAAAAUGUUGAUGUCAAUGAUGGAUCAGGUGAUGAUGAUGUUUGGCUGAAAACUGUGAUGCUGCUGAUGAUAUGAUGACAAUAAUGGUGAUGAGAAUCAGAAUGUUGUUUGUGACGAUGGCAUUGAUCAGAUGAUAGUGAUAAAGUGAAUGAUAAAAGUAUGGUGAUGAUAGACACAAAGUUGAUGAUGAUUUCAUAAGGUGCUUGGAUGCUGCUGCUGAUAAAUACAAUGGUUGACAAUGUUCAUGAUGAUUGUGUCAACUAUGGUUAUAAAUGGAUAAUAAUAAAUAUAAUAAUAAUGGUAGUGUGAUUAUUGCUUGCAAUACUGCUGAUGAUUGAUGAUGCUAACAAUGGUGAUUUUAGGAGGAUGCUUGUUGUUGGUUGUGAUAAUGUUAGCAACAUCUUUAUGAUGAUGAUGUUGAUGAUCAUAAAAAUGAUGACAAUGGUGAUUAUAAUAACAAUAAUGAUAAUGAAGUACAAGGUGAAGAUGAUGAUUUAAAAAUAAUUGGAUGAUAAUGACAAUUAUAGUAUUAAUGGUUGUGAUGAGAAUGUUGAGAAUGAGUAAGGUGAUAAUAUUGGUGAUUAGGAUGUUGGUGAUUAGGAUACUGAUAUUGUUGAUGAUGAUGAUGAUUACGAUGAUGAUAAUGAUGAUGAAGAUGAUAAUAAUGAAGAUUUGUUAUUAAAGUGCAUAAUGCUAAUUAUGGUAGUGAUAGCGAUAAUGAUAAUGAUGUUAAAUUGAUGUUAAUAGCAAUGAUGUGGACAAUGAUAAUGACUAUGGUUAAUAUGUCACAAGUCAUAAGUGAUUAAUCACCGUAAUAGUAUUAAAAUUAAUAAAAUAAUCUGAAAUAAAUCUUCUUUUCUUUUCAGUUAACAUCUUGGGGAUGAUGAAAGCAUCAACAGGUGAGUUCCGAUCAUUUAUUCUCUCUUUUUUUUAACAGUCUGUCUGUUUAUAAACCAAAACUGUUAUCCACAGAUAUGAUCGAAUAUCAAAUAAAUCAUCAACUGAGACAAACAGAAACAUCAGCCAGAAAACUAGAUAAGAAAAUACCAAACAGACUGGAUAAAAUAAGGUUUUAUGACAUACUGGAAAAACAAUUUUAAUUACAUCCAACAGAUAUAUUAAAGAAAAACACAAGAAUUAAAAAUGUAUAUCCUUUUAUUUUAGUUUAUGUCAGAUUCAAAAUAUUGAACUUAUCAUCCCUUUCCUUGUCCUCUUCUUCUUUCCCUAUCUCCUCUCUUUCCUCUUCAUCAUGGGUUUUUUAGCUGCUGACACUGUGACAUUGGAGACCCUGACCCCCAUUCUCAAUAAGUCGUGUGAUGAGUCCAGGCUGCAGUGGGAGGUGGAAGUGUGUGGAGAUGACUUUAAAAGAGACAUGGACAAUGUGGAUCCUCAGUACUGGUGUAACCUCACUCACUUCAUCAGGUAUGAUACACAUGUUCUCAUCUGUACAAAUAUACUUUAUAAAUAUAUAAACUUAUUUAUGUUAUUUAUAAAACCCUCAGAGAGGAAAACAGGAAAUAUAAAACCCAAAGACAAAGCUGUGACUGUUUUACAAAUUAACAAAUAAGUAGAAACAGAUAAACAUUAGGGUUGAAGAGAUGGAACAAUCACAUCGGUUUCUGGAGUUAUAAUAUCUGGUAUAGGACCUCAACUGUUCAACAGUUCCUGGUUUUUGUUUUUUCAUUCCCUUACUGUCAGGGAUUUCCUGUUUUUUCAGAGAGUGGGAUGAAGCGUCCAUGAUUUCCAAAAUGAAUUUCAGGUCGUGUUUUGUCUAACUUCAGGACAGUUUUUGUCUUUGCCACAGUUCAUUUGGAGGCCCAGAGAAGUUGGAGGCAAUUCUGGAUCAUUGUAUUUUAUGGUUUCCUCUUUGUGUGUUCACAGAAAACUGCUUUUGGAUUUGAAUUAAAACCCAUGCAGUGAUUUUUACUACAUAGUCAUGUCUGCCCUUUAUGCAGUGCUACAUGAGAGCCUGAUGAUCACAACCAUCCAGUAUCUGUAUCAACCUUGUCUCUCUUGUUCAGAGAUUUCUCCACAUUCUGAUGUUGUCAGCCUCUAACAAUUUGCAGUUUAAUUCCAAAGAAAUUAUCUAAAAUUGCUCAAGUAUUUUACCACACAGUGUCUCACAGAGUUGUGAACCUCUUCCCACAAUCACAUCAGAGAGACUCAGCCUCUCAGAAGUGCUCAUUUUAUUGCGUCACCUUACUAGCCUAGUGCAAAAUAACUCAGUAAGUAAGGAGAUAUUCCACUUGGUCUCAUUUUUAGCAAUAGGGGUUGUGGCGUCAAUGAACUCAUGUUCUGACUCCUCCCUCUCAUCUUCACCUUUCUCCUCAUCUUCCUCUCUCCUCUUUUUACAGCUGGAUGUCUAUGGGAGACAGACCUCCUGCUGUCUAUCUUCAUCCAGCUUAACCUCAUUCUUUCUGUCACCUUUGACCUCAGAGGGCAAGGGGGGGCGCACACACACAUACACACACAGCGAGACACCCACACACAUACUUUUAAAGUUGUGUCAGAGGAUUAUCAGUAAGGGGUGAUGAUAUUCUUGGAAAAGCAGGAACACUGGUCACAUGGUCUCAUUUUUAUAAACAUGUUCCAGGGAAAAAAACUGAUUUUUUUUCAGAUUUACAAAUAAUCAGAUUUAUUGAAAAGUUGUUAAAGAUCAUGUGAACAUUUAACUUUUUAGAUAAUGUGAUUGCUUAGAAUCAUGUGACUGAUGUUUUCUCAUUCUGCUGGUUCAUCCUGUGAAAUUAAGCAUUGAUUAAUCCGGUGAUGUUACAAAGACAUGGCUCUGUUUUUUUGGGUCAAACUCUGACACCUGAACACAGACGGAUUUCUAAAUGCUCACUCAGACUAUAAAUAUCUGUGGCCUUUUAAACCUCUUUCAAGUGGAGCUUUAUUCUGAAAGAGCAGGAAGGAAAUGGGGAGGUCAGGCUCUGUUUCCAUACUGAACAGAAAUAUAAACUCUCGGUGUCGUACUCUUUACUUACACUCUCAGAUCUACAGAAGUAUUAGCACUUACUCUUUUGCUGUUUUUACUUAAGUCUGUGCAAAAAGUAUUGUCGAUAGUCUGAAGGAUGAUGAGCUUCUAAAGUUUCCUAAAGUUUUUGUAUCUGCAGUGGAGAAUUAUUCUAUGACCUGGUCAUCUGUGUCUAUGACUUUAAUAAAACAUUUCAACAUUGUGGGUUUGUUCAGCCUGUAAGAACGAGAUAAGACAGAGAGAGGGAAGGGGGAAGAGAGAGAGAGUGUGGGAGCGAGAGGCCUCAUGUUUAUACAAGCAGUGACCCAAACCUCCACACACACACACACACACACACACACACACACACACACACACACACACACACAGAAUUCUGAGCUUUUGCCAAACACUCAGUCUGUGUGACGGCUAAUGUUAAAUUCUAUUCACCACCACACACAAUAAAUAGAAGCUGCGUGUAUGUGUUCAGUGUACCUCGAAUACUAUAUUGAUUUUCUGUCUUGAGUGUCAGUCUGAGUGUAUUUUAUUUUUGUUAGGACUCCCUAAAGGUCCAAAUUUAGUUCCAGAUCAGACAAGGUCUAAGUAAUCAGACAUGUCCUCUAUCACAGGCGCCGUCCGAGGUAGAUGGGGGGGUUCGCAUAAACGUGACUUGUUGCUGUUUUUAAAAAAGCUCUAAAACUCUUAGACUUCAGCAAAGAUAAUAAGUAAAAGCUGACAUGACUUGAACAAAUCAACAAAAAAGUAAUCCAGAAUUCAAUCCCUUUUACACUUCAUGCAUCAUAAGCUGUAAAAUAUAGUGUAAAAAAGUGAGGACGCUUAAAGCACCUGCUCCCCUCGUUUAUCAAACACCAAUAGAUAUUAAACUGUUUGUGAUCACAACAAAACUUAAUGAGACAGUUACUAUAAUAAAUCAUAAGUCUAACAAUAUUCCCAAAUUAGUACCACCAAAUUAACAUACAGUCAUCUGCAUCCAUUAAAAUUAAAUAUCACUCUAAUGAUAGUUCGUAAUGUUAAUAAGCCCACAAAGGCCAAUCAGACUAAUUAUGAUAGGCUGAACAGGAUGCAGCUGAGAGUGAUUUAUCACCAUCAUCUAAGUACACACAGCUUCAUCAAAAGCUGAAUUUUAGUCACCCACCAUUACUGCUGCAUGUUAAUGAGGAGAGCAUUGUUUGGUGUAACUGUGCGCUUAAUGAGUUAGUCUGUGGUCAUGUCACGCCUCCUUUGUGACGUAACAGUUCACUAGGCCCAAAAGCAACAUGGCUCUAUCGUUGUGGUCUACCGUUUAGGAGCUGCAGGCCUGAAAAUGACUAUAUUUAUAACAGAAAACAGUUGUUCUGUUGCUCACAGGCUUUUUAAAAGUUGACUAAUUGUCACCCAGUCUUUGACAUUGCUCUGAUGUACUUGUGGAUGUUUGAGGGGAGAAUGAGAUGAGUUGCUAAGCCAAUCAGUGAUCUUAGUGAAUGAGGGUUCUCAGGUUCUGAGGCACCAGUAGAGUUGACUCAAAUGUCCUAUAUGGGAGGGGUCAUUUAUAGUGAGUGGGUGGUGACUGCAGAUGGGAGUCCUUGCAGGGUGAGCAGGAUCCUAACGUGGAGUGGACUAACUCACAAUCCAGCUUAAACUCUUGGAUAGCCCUGAAAAGAUUCCUAUCUUCAUAACCACACACUCAAUGUAAGUUGCCAUAUUUGUUAUGUGGUCACCAACUGAAUAUACUGAAUAUGGAAACAAGUUGACACAAAGCGUUGAUCCUCUUUAUUGAAGAUUAAUAUUCAAAAUAUCCUCCACGUUGUUAAUCAAUGCUAUCAUAAAUGACAGGUUGUGGGUUUUGACCAAUCAUGACCAAGUAUUGAAUGCAGUCGUAUAUAAUAACAGCUAACAUAUUGUAGUUAAGUCAGCUUCACUGUGAACCAUAGUAUCUGUCAUCACACAUUAUACUGUUAGUGCUGUGUAUGCGUAAAUGCUGCUAACUGGAAGCAUAUAGAGUAAAAUUAAAAUGGUCCCAGUUUGGAGCCCUGAGGGACCCCCAGUUUGAUGAUGACUGAGGGGAAAUGAUCUCUGGUCAGAACACCUGGUCUCAGGUACACUAGCACAGUGCUUUAGCCUGCUAGUUAAUACAUUUAUACAGAAGGAGGCACUGUUGAUCCAAAAUGUGAUGCUGUUAACUGUUGAUCUGUUAGCAAAGCUGUUCAGUAACUGUUAAUUUGUUAUUUCUGUUCAAAGUUAACAAUAGGUGACAUUAUUGUGAACAUUAAAACUACUUCGAAAGUCUUAAGGCAAGGCAACCUCAGUUCCUACCUUAAACUGUUUCCUAGGUGAGCAGAAGGGUUCAUGAUGGUGACUUAACCCCCACUCUCUUCUUUCUCCUCAGUGAGUACUACCUGUUCACCCUCUGCACGGAGACCAAGUCCCAGGGCGUCUCAUGUUACUGGCCCAACCCGCUAGUAGAGAGCUACAUCAUCCGUAUACACAAGCACUUUUUCUCCAACUGCACCCACACACCAGUGGAGUGGGUGGAUCCGCCGGAUGAGACGCUCACCGUCCUCAUCCUUGUCCCAGUUGUCCUCACAUUGGCCAUGAUCACUCUGGUGGUCUGGUGCAGCAAGAGGAGCGAUCUGCUUGCUUAAAAACUCUGAAAGAUGACAGGAAGAAACCUUCAGGUGUCAGAGAAAAAACUGGGAAAGUUACGUUUGGUCUCUCAAAGUCAUUGCGCUGGAAAGUCGCUGGUUAACUUAGCUUUGCAUAAAGAUUAUAAACAGGAAAGGCACAGCCCAUCUGAAGAAAAUUUAAAUCCGUCCGGCAGCACUUCUAAGAGUUUCAUCAUAUGGGUCAUUUUUUAAUAACGAAAAACUGUUCCAGGUCAGUUUAGCUCAUUUUAGUCUCCAUGAGAUUUUCAGUUUACUGUUUAAAGGGAUAUUCCAACACAGAAACAUUUUUUUUUACAUUGUAGUGUUUGUAUGGAUUAAACUUAUUAAAUAAGGAUAUGACUUGAUGCUGAGGAGCCAAGCUGGCUGUUUGCCUCUAAAAGCUAAGCUAAGCUAACCAGCUGCCUCCUGCAGCUUUUCUGGAGAAAUUGGAGUCAUUUCUCCCCCUCUAUUUGUCCUUUGAGACUUAAAUGAUUUAAAAAAAAUCAUCUAUGAUUUGGAAACUUGACCAGCAGGACUAAAGACCAAAUUCUUUGAGGUUCAUGAAGUCAGAGUGUUGACCUUUGACCUCCUGUCAGAGCACUGUAUCAUCACUAAAAGCCAAAAGUUUUCUCAAAGCCAGAGAUCGGGACCCUGAGGACUUGUGUGUUUUUUAUUUUAAUGUUAUCGACCAUGUUUGACGUGGAUACAAAAAGGAACCAAAAGUGGACUGAGUUUAGUUCCUGCAGGUUUUUAUUUAAGUGUCACACUGGAACAGAUACACAGGUGUGCAACCAAAGACCAGUACUACUACAGGUGAAUCCAGAGCCACAGGGACUUAUUUAUAUCCCUGUAACCAAUAAGAACAGUUACUGUCACAUUGAGGUUUGUCUAAGACCACAGUAUCACUGAAGAUCUGAAACUCGCUGAUUUAAUUUUGCUCUUCAGGUAUUCAGACUGUUUUUAUUUUCUCCCAAAGUUUGAAUCAUCGAUCUGUUUGUGAAACUCUGAAGGUCAAAGUUCAGCCAUUAAAACAUUAAUGAAGUAAUGUGUUUCUGCUCCAUCCUUUUUUUGUCGUUCCUUCAUUUGACUGAUUGUGUUGAUUUAUUUUCAAGUUGUCCUGUCCUAUGGCUACAGUAAUCAUUAGUUGCAAGUCUGAUACUGUGACAGCCCUAAUGUAAACAGACUGGGUUUUCAUUUAAAAUAUUUUGUUCAUUCAGACAUUCACAGGGACUUAUUUCUUCUUUGUAACGUACAUUUGUACAUUGUAAAUGACAGAUUAAAAUGAAAACAGUAAUAUAAACAGAAAGGAUGAAUGUGAGAUAAUCAGUAACCAGGAACUUCAUGACUAAUUUUGAACUAAAAGUGCCGGAAAGUGUGAUACAAUUUUUAUCUUUGUCCUCUGUUUUAUGAUGUGUGAAAAUCAUUGACAGUGACCACCUUUAUGAAGUCAGUCACCUUAUUCUGAUUUUUGGCACAGUAUCAAUAUUCUAUUUUUUUAAACACAGUUUGUGUUAAUAGCAGUAGAAAGCAACAGUUCCUGAUGAGACUGAAGAUGAAACUAAGAAAUAGUCUGCUAGAGAGGAGAAACAUAAUGGCUUAUUGAUUGGGAGUCAAUAGAGAAACAGGAUUCAGACUCAGAAGAUGAUGAUGACAAUGAUGAUAAUGAUAAUAACAAUAAUAAUAAUUCAUUUUAUUUAUUGGAGCCUAUCAGAGCACUCAUGGUUGCCUUACAAGAGAGGGUUAAAACAAGACAAACAAGUAAAUAGUUCAUAAAAUGAUUUUAAACACAAGUUAAAGCAACAGUCAGAAUAGAUAUGCUAACUUAAAAAGAUGGGUUUUAAGAUGAGUAUUGAAAAUUGACAUAGACUUGAUAUUAAGGAUGUCUGGAGUGAGGGAGUUCCAGUGUCAAGGAGCAGAGCAACUGAAGGCUCCUGAGCCCAUGGUAGUCAGAUGGGUGGGUGGAGAGAGGAAGAGUACCUGAGAGUGCGAGGGGAGGUGCUGAUGUAAAGAAGGUUGGAAAGGUGCAGAGGGGCGGGGUUAUGGAUGGCAGGUCAACUCUGCAGCAGCUCAGACCAUUCUGCAGAGCCCUCCAUAUGGACAACAAGAAACAGGAAUGGAUCCUGAUCACCUAUGGUUUAUAAAAUUUAUCCUCACAAUAACACAAAGUGUGUGCGUGCAUCAACAAGAUGCAGUUAUCAUGGUGACACGUUUUGAAGGAUCAUGUAAAUUUGAUGUCAAUGAAUUAUUCAUGUAGACUCUUUUUAAGGUCACAGUGACCCAUCUUUCCCUCCCCAGGUAUGACAGGUGCAGAAAUCACAGUCGCUGACUCAGGUGAUCUGACCUAAAGGACUAAAAACUGAAUGUUCUGGGCUUAUUAAAAAGAUAUAAAACAUUAAAAAGUUCAGUGAGAGCCUUUUUAAAGUGUUUAUAAUCAUUUAUUCGUGUGUGGUGGUUUUGAUGACUCGGAUUAUCUGAAGCCACCAGGUCCAGACACAGAGAGAAUAAAUGAUGCAUAAGGCAAGUGUAUUGUGAUCCCUCUGCUAUGAUGUGUUACUGAUGUAUGGUUACAGAAACACACACACACACAAAAAAUACAAAAGUAGGAUAGUCAUUCAAUCAGACUGCAAGGAGAAUCCUGGCAGACUGGGCUGGGUGAUGAGUAAUAAAAAUAAUUUCUUUGUUUUGUUUCUUGUUUUGUCAAUGCUUUUGUGCGUGAGAGUGUGUGUGAGGGUGUGUGUUGAAGUGUUUAUUCUCAGUCUUCAUUGUCCCAUAAUAAAACAGGAUGAGCUCUGACCAUCUGUAGAUCUGAUUCUGUUUAAACAUCUGAAACAAUCAAACUGAUCAUUGUCAGGACAAAAUUCAACAAUAAAACUUUCAAACAGACGUUAAUGCUUAACCUGUUUACCGUCUGUAUUCAAUUAAAUCUGUUAAAUGGGUUCAGUGAAUUUUAAUCUGCUUUAAGUGUUCAGUCUGAGCUCUUGCACAUGUAGAAACAGUGAUUUAUAUUCCUCCAUGAAGGGCACAAACAGACAAUUCCUCCCUCAGCAGCAUGAACCAGGCAGGAAGGAAACUCUGACUGUUCCCAUAACACACAAGAAAUCUGGGAAAUGGAGGGAGCCAGGAUGUGGGAGGAGCCAAUGAGGGCAACAAGCUCUAACUGGACCAUCAUUAAUAAGACUGAUUAUUUCUCUAUAUAUCUACUGUAUAAACUGUUUGAAAGUGGAUGUUUGUAAGUGCUGUUAGUGGGUGGUAUGUUGAUCUUAUGCAUGUGACAAUGCUUACUGUAAACUAUGAAUCCAAAUAACAGGCUAGCCUAAGCUACAAAAGCCAUUUUUCUAAUUGGUAAAAAGGGAAAGAAGGCAGAGGUGGAUCAAUGGAAGCCUUUAUUCCUGACAUACCAGCUCCUGUCUAGAUCUUUGCUUUUGUCGUAUUUGCUCCCAAACAUUGCUGUGGAAACAAGCAUCUGCUAAAUGACAUUAUAAUGACAUUGGUUGGCUUAAGAACCAGUGGAGAAGUACAGUGUGAAGGUUAGUGGUGUGUUGCAGCAGAAGUUGUGAGAUGCCCGACUGACACGUCACCAAAACUGCCCCCCUAAGGUCGAGAGUACCUGGGGCCUAUUCUACGAGGUAACUUUGAGGGUAAGUUUGGGGUUUCCUGUUCAAUGACGUGGGUUCACUUCUUAGCGAGGUGAGUCUCCAUGGCAACGUACACUAAACGGCUAACCUGCUCCGGGGCAGGUUAGGUUCCAGAUUGAACUCACCGAGUAUAAAAACCCCGCCCACUGACCAAUAAGCUCUCUAGAAAAAUGGCUUGUCCGUUCUUGGAGGAUCCUAUAGACCUCAGUGCUCGCAUUGUCCGAGGAGCAGUCCGGCGAACGAGAGUUUUCAGGGACCGCACGGACCCACUUACUUUUCUGGAUGACCACCUUUAUGAAAGGCUCAUAUGGCCUACAUAUCACACAAAAAAAUGUAAACACGAUAGGAAUGAACAAAUGAAUGAAUUUAUCUUGGAUAUGAAUUAGACAUGUCUGGUGCAUGUUAAAAGCACACGUUGAACAGUGCUAUUUCAGGGUAAUAAUGGCAUCAAAGAUUUUUUGCGCACUACACUUCCGCAUUGAGACUGUCAGCAAUUUUCUGCCAGCAUUCCUUUUUGUGCUUUUGCAGCGGCGACGGUGUUGCUUUUGAGGUUUAUGAUAGAUUUGAAUUCUUCAUACUUUCUCAUGAUCGUCUCCAGCAACUUGUUUGUAAAGUACGCAGUCCUUCGCUCUCCGACCUGCUCUGACGCUCCAGACUGGUCCAUGUUCGUGAUUGGUCAGAUGCGGCGGGCUCCGCCUUACACGCGUGCACGCGCUCAUAGCACAGCUGGAUCCACUUACGAGGUUGAUAACCAGCGCCGCAAGACAGUUUAGCGAGACUGCUGGCUACCGCGCUAAAUUGAGCAAGGUAGCUCCAAGGCUACCUCGCUCGGUUGAACCUGCUUCGUAGAACAGGCCCCUGGCUGCAGACACAGCAGAGCUCUGUAAAGACAUGCACAGUGGGAAGUUGGAUCUCAACUCGGAUCUACAGCAAUCUCACCAUUAAAAAUUGUUCUUUGUAGUGUUUUCUUUUACAAAUUUUGACAGUGAAAAUUUAAAAGACUUUGAGAGUUUGGUUAAAUCCAAGUCAUGUAGCUCUGCUUACGUGCAGUAAGACCUCAGUUGGCGCAUGCUCGGUUAGAAGUUUACGUCUUGGAUCCUGGCUGAUAAAAGGUGACCUCAUACCUCAUGCCUAUAGCGUCCAACUUUCAACCACACUUAUUCCUGCAGAAGUCUGGUGUGUCUGCAGCCAGGUCCUUUUUCCUGAAGUAGGAAUUUGGAGAAACUUAAGGUAACUUUUGCUGAAAAACCAAAAUGGUUGUACCAAGCAUCAACUAAUACAGUAAGUAGCAGAACUUUAAGAAGUGCUUAUUAGAAAUUUAUUAGUGUUGUGCAAGUGAACAUAACAUGUUGAUUUUACGCACAAACCACCUGAAAGUGUGUUGUUAUGUCCUAAUAUAGGCAAUGAUGCUAAAAACAACAGGGGCCACUUUAAGACUUUGUUUUCACUUUGCAGCUGGAUUAUCGGAUUGACGGGUUUUCUCUUUAAAAAGAUUAUUUUCAUACAAAGUUAAGUUGAAAUAUCAUCCUGCUUUACGAUUACAAAUUACAUUCAACUAAAUGUUUUCAUUCAUGGUAGGGUCUAUGAUCCUUUUCCUGUAACUUUUCUGAUGGUAUUUACUCAGCUCGUCUGUAACACUGCCAAAUCCCAUAUCGUGCUGUGGUGUGUCUUUGCUUUGUGUCUGGUUUUGUUUCAAUUUGAUGUAUGCCUCUGUUAGUCCUUAAUGUUUUCUCAACAUCUGUUGCUAGUUUCUUCGUUCUUUUUUUUCCUGUCUACUUCCUUUUCUGCUGAUGGCUGGUCAGUCUUAACCACCAACAGCAGCUACUUUCCCCCUUGAAGUGACUCAGCUUAUUUCACAGAGUUACAGAUGGUUUGGUUUGGUGUGGCUAACUUUGUUACAUGACUAUCAUUACUUUCAGGCCCCUAAAUACACCUUGAUCAUCAUUUUGAAUUAAACUGCAUUAAAACCUAGUUUAAAGACCCCUACUCUUGCCAUCCACUGCAGUGAGUGACGUCAAACUGUAGAAACAUGACCACAAGCAGCCAAUAUCUAACGUGUAUUAGGGUAUGUGUUAGUGCUGUUAGAUUGUAAGUGUGUGUGUCAAGUGAGUUUAUGUUGUCAGAGGCUGUGUGUCAAACUCAGAGUUGCACAACAUGCUGCAGAAACAGACUCAGGUUUUAGAUUAACAGUGAGUGAUGUGUUUGAAUGCAGCAGGAGGAAGUGUUUAUCCAGAAAUAAAUGACAGGAGGGUGUCAGCAAAGAGGAGACUCACUGUUUUAUCUCUGGAGGGCAGCAGAUUUAAAAGAAACUGAUACACCCCCGCAGGAGCUUUGAUUGAAAGUGACAGUAAGUAAACACACCUGUGUGCACCUUUAAAUGAAACCUGAUUAUGGAUCAUACCUGAGCCCGAUUAUCUAUUAUCACCAAAACACUCCGAAACAUGUAGUGAUACUUUCUGAGUGUGUGUGUGUGUGUGUGUGUGUGUGUGUGUAUGUGUGUGUGUGACAGGUCUUAAAUAGACUUAAGAGACUUCACAUCGCCAUGACAACCAUAGAAAAUGUCCUCACAAAAACUGCACACACAUGCACACACCCACCUUCCCACAGUAAAACACAGCACAUGACCCAAACAGGACGUCCUCCCACUUCAUCGCCCACCGUGAAGACACACGCACACGCACGCACGCACACAAACACACAAACACACACACACACACGCACGCACGCACGCACACACACACACACACACACACACACACACACGCACACACACACACACAGAGUUGUGUUUCAGUUGACUUUGAAACAGCUAAAUUAAUAUAAGUCUGAAUCUUUCAGAGUAAAAUUCCAAAUUUAAACAGUCUGACACUUUUAGUGUGUGCAUGUUUAAAGAAUAAUUGAUUGAAAUAAAAAAAAAUUCUCUUUAAAUAGAACACUGUCACCCUUUUUAUUUCACCUCAUCCUCAUCAUCAUUAUCAUCAUCAUCACCAUCAUUGUCGUCUGGCAUUUUGUCUGUGUCUACCUCCCUCUGUGUGUGGUCUCUGUAGACGGCAUACAGUCGGCUCAUCAGCUCAAAAAAAAAAAAACACUCAGACUCCCCGUCUCUAAGGACCACAGACUGUUUAUUGAAAAUGUACUCCACAUGCCUUUAACCUUUAAAGCUCCCUCUGGUGACUGUCUGCAUUGCUGUAUAUGAAGCCUUCACAGGUGGGACAUGAGUUCAACUGUAACAUCUAAAAACACAACAAAUACAUUUUUCUCAAACAUAUUUUCUCUCAUCUUAGUCAAAUAUUUCAAUGUAGAUUUAUGUCCAAAUGUUCAUUUAACUAAAAAAAAAAAGUGAUUUGAAUUAGUCAUGAAGUUAUAAAAGUGGUGAAAGAUCAUGAUUGACAACCCUGGUGACUAAUGAGGCUCCUGCAGCUCUGUGCAACCAUAUUAUCAGAGUAGAGGAGGAGCAGUGAGAGGAAGCAUAAUAAACACUAAAACAGGAAUCAAUAACUGUGAGGAUCUGUACUGCUAUGAACUGUGCCCACCUGAGGGAGCUUAGAUGAUUUAUCACCUGCUUAAAUGUGAAGGGGCAGGAUGUCAAUGCCACAGCUCCACCAGCCUACAUCCUCUGUGCAUGACUUGGCUCCACCAGAUGUAUCACACAGUUUAAUAUGCUGCUCACCAAAAAAGAAAAAAAAAAUUGUCAGAUGAAUUUCAAAUACUGCACUUUUAAACAAUAAUGAGACUGGAUUUUGAUUUGUUCAUACCAACUGUGGUUUUCUAAAAAUAUAAAGCGUGUUAAUUUUUCUGAGUCCUUCAUUUUCUUUUACUCCUCAGUGCAUGAUAGGAUAUCUUUGUAGAUUAGUGGACAGUUUUACAAUCUUCUCACAAUCCAUGGUGGGAAACUACAAUCCCACCAUGAAAGGGACAUGUAUAUUAAACCCAUAUUAUGGCAAAGAAAACUUAUCAAUAACCACCCUUGCAUAUAACCUGGCUACUCACUGAAAUGAGACAUAAGUUGACCCAAAGUAUUAAUGUUCAAAUGAUUUUAGAUCAGUUUAAAAAGGAUUUAUGUGGAGAGGUAAACAAACUGUCUUUCAGGAUUGUAUUCGACUCUGUUUCAGGAAACAUUUCAGAGUUUGUCUCUGAAUCCUUCGCCAUCUCUCACUUCUCAUGUUUCUCUCCUCCCUCAUCCUUCUUACUCCUCCUCCUCCUCCCCCUUCUCCCUCUCUCAUUUUCUUCCUCCCUUUUCUCUCUCCUUUCCCCCAGUGACUUCUGACCUCCUCCCUGUGACUCCCUUCUUGAAGUCCAGAUCACCACACAGCUGGACUCUAUCUCACACACACACACUCACACAGUUCAUGUUUUCAAGUACUGAUAGACUUGUGUAUGUCUUCUGGAGUGUCUUCAAAUGUAUGUUUAUGUUUAUCUUUCUGUUUAAACUCUAUGUAGUAUUAGCAGCUGUGUAUUGUUAUUGAAACAGAUAUAUAAAUCAUUAGUAAUGUCCGAUGAAACAGCAGAGUCAAAGUUUACUUGCUGAAUGUGCUAGAUUUAAAUCUGGAAUUGUGGGUUUGUAGCUUUUGCUCUGUGGGUCUGGAAUUUGUUGAUUUAUUGUCUUGCAGUUUAAUUUUCUUAAAUUUAGUUUUGUAGUUUUAUGUUCUGAAGUUGUGAGGUUAGGAGAGGACCAUCAAUACUCCCUUUCACCUUUUAUUAUGUCAGUGUUUGACACCUGUAGACUAACUCAGCCCAAAAAUGUUUUUAUUUAUCCUUAACCACGCCCCCUUUCAGCUAAUCACUAUCCUGUUUGACCUGUUAUCUAUCAAAACAAUCAACAAAUUGCAUUAACAAGAGGCUAACGGCAGAACUUUUACAGUUCUGUACUGUUUUUUUAACUUUCAUCUGUGCUAAGUAUCUUUAGCUCGUAAGCUAACCUGUUCAGAUACAAUAUACCAUAUGUAUUUUCACUGUCGCAAACUCAAUC